AUGGCGUAUUUUCGCAGUUUCUUCGGCGGCGGCGGGGUGGAUUCCGAAGAAGAGGAUGGAGCAGAAAUUGUGGAGAAAAUGGUAGAAAGAGCAGAAACAUGUACAGCCUUGGAAGAUCGAAGAGAUGCGCUUAGAGCAUUAAGGAGCAUGGCUAAGAAACUUCGGUUAGCUGUUGGAACAAUGGGUCUGAAUGUUUACAUGGAUGUUUUGGAGAAGGAACGAUCGAAUCAAGAACUCACUGCCAUCACCCUCGAAAUUUUGGUUGCAGUUCUUAGCAGUGAUGAUGAA